UUUCCUGGAUUGUAGGUGGGGGAAUCGUCGUAGAAUAAUUGUUGACCAGCAGCAGUGAAAAUUGCAUUACGUCUUCAGAGGAAAAAAAAUCAGGAUGUCAGCGAUAUCUGCACCAGUUGUUCCCAAAAUAAAGUUCUCAAAUGGAUACUUCAUGCCUAUGUUUGGUCUCGGUACAUAUCUGUCAGUUGCUGGUGAAGUUGAAAAAGCUGUAAAGUACGCGAUUGAUGUUGGAUAUCGUCACAUUGAUACUGCAUCUUAUUACAAUAAUGAAAAAGAAGUCGGGGAUGCUGUUAGAGAGAAGAUAAAUGAUGGUAGUGUAAAGAGAGAGGAUUUGUUUGUCACAACGAAAUUAUGGAAUAAUGCGCACAAUGAGGACAAAGUCGUGCCAUCGUGCAGGAAGUCUUUGGAGAAUUUGGGGCUCGAUUACAUGGAUUUGUACCUGAUUCACUGGCCAGUGGCUUUUCAGGAAAGUGAUGAUAUGAUGCCGAUGGAUUCCAGUGGUCGCCUGUUGCUCUCUGAUACUGAUUAUCUCGAGACAUGGAGGGGAAUGGAAGAAUGUGUGCGACAGGGUUUGACACGCAGCAUUGGACUCAGCAAUUUCAAUUCUGAGCAGAUUGCAAGAAUUCUGCAAGUGGCCACAAUAAAGCCUGUGAAUAACCAGGUCGAAGUUACUGUCAAUCUCAAUCAAGUGCCACUGAUUGAGUUUUGCAAAAAGCAUGAGAUUACAGUGACCGGGUAUUCGCCAUUGGGAAGACCCGGAAAUCGUCGAGGGGUCGCCAAUUCCUUGGACAGCCCUCAAAUAGUGGCUAUAUCUGAAAAGUAUAAGAAAUCCCCGGCUCAAAUUGCCUGCCGAUAUGUUUAUCAACAGGGCGCUGCACCAAUUCCCAAGUCUGUAACAGAGUCGCGCAUCAAAGAAAAUAUUGACAUUUUCGAUUUUGAAUUGACGCCGGAGGAGAUGAAGGCGAUCGAAUCCGCCGGUACUGGAAUACGCAUGGGUUGUUUUUCCGAUGCCAAAGACCAUCAAUAUUACCCGUUCUCGACGCCUUUCUAGAAUAGUCGAUCUUCGUGUGGUUUCUCCAGAAAAUAAUUCUUGUGAAAUCGAUUUUUCGGAACAAUAAAGUUUAAAAUCAAUAUAUAUUUCUUAAAAA